AUGCCUUGUCUACCCCUGCAAGACGCCCAGCUCAAAGUACUUGAUGGUAGAUUCCACAAUGGUGUGGAAAAUGGCCAAGCUACAAAGGCAUGCAUCAAAUGCCUGGAUAAAAAGAAACAGCGGCGUGCCAAAAACAAAUGCCCUCAUGGUAAGCGGAUGGAGCAGUGUAAAGACUUUGGGGGAAAUCAAAUAUGCUACCAUGAAAGGGUGAGGGUCUAUUGUAAGGAAUGUAAGGGCAGUCAGAUUUGUCCCCAUGAGAGACAGAGGGCUUGCUGCAUAGACUGUAAGGGCAGUCAGAUUUGCAAACAUCUAAGGAUGAGGGCCAAGUGCAAGGAGUGCAAGGGCAGUCAGAUAUGUGAACAUGAGAAAUUGAGGUAUCGCUGCAAGGAAUGCAAGAAGAGCAAACACUUGGAGGGAACCAAGAGCAGCCCAAAUUGUAAAAAAGUGUUGGUCCUAGAUGAAUUUAGGGUGUUGAAAAUUGAAAGGACGGCAACAAGUUGUAUAUGCUGCCUGGAUAAAAAGAAGGCGUCACGAGAACGCAAUAGGUGUUCCAAUGGUAGGGUGGGGGCCUAUUGCAAAGAGUGUAAGGGCAGUCAGAUAUGCCCCCAUGGUAGGAGAUGCCAAUGUAAAGGAUGCGGUGGUAGAGAUAUAUGCCGGCAUGAGAAAAGGAGGGCCUAUUGUAAGGACUGUAAAGGCAGUCAAAUAGGCCCCCAUGGAAAGCAGAGGGCUUGCUGCAAAGAAUGCAAGAAGGGCAAACAGCCGGAAUAA